CCUAUUGAUAAAAAAAUCUAAAAGAAUUCCCAUCUAUCAACAAAAACUCUUGUUAUCCUAAUUUCUAAAUUUUAAUCUCAAAUCUACAAUAUUUAUCUACAAAAAAUGAUGACUUUCUUAAAAUAGCAGUUUUUAAAUAAUUUAUUCAAGAGUAUAAACUAUUGAUAAAAAAAUUCUAAAGGAAUUCCCAAAAGGUAGAAGAGUUAUUUUACAACUGUAAGGGCUUGAAAUCGCAAAAACUCAGUACAUCUGAUUUCCAUGAGACCAUGAAAAGGUAGAAGAAUUAUUUUACAUUUAGGAUAUGGUAUCGUUGAAAGAUAAAAACAGUGAUAAUUAUUUUGAAACUAUGCAUACAUAAGUGGUGAAAAAGUGUAUUUCAUAGAUUCUCAAAUCUUACACAUGAAUUCUUAUUUGUUGACAAAAAAAAUACACAUGAAUUUUUAUGUACUGUACCUUUUUAGAAAUCUAACGUACAUGCAUGCACAUUUGCUAUAUUCCGACAAUCAUCUUGUAAAAUAGCCCUGAAUUUCAACAUACAACAAAAGAUACGUACCCUUCUGAAACAAAUCGGGUGGGGGUCGAAAAAAAAAGAAGAAAAAAUAACGGUGCCGAACUUGUCCUUCAAAUCAACUACCCAACAUAAAUAAACAGUACUUCGAUCACCCCCUAGCUAGUUAAUCUCUUAAAAGCCAUUGCCUUCGUACAAAACAAUGAAUAGUUACCUCUAACCAUAAACCAUAUAAAUAUUGGAAGUAUUAUCUAAUUGCCUAUAUAUAUUAACAUACAGAGUAUCGAUUUGAGCACCUCUCAAACACCUUUUGAAUCUUUUUAUUCUAAAGGACGAAAUGGCAAUGAAGCUAGAGAUCUUAGGCAAAGAAGUGAUCAAACCUGAUUCACCUAAUCAUCUCCAAACUCUUCAUCUUUCUCUCUUUGAUCAAUUUCUUCCUUCAACAUACGUUUCAGCCAUUUUCUUCUACGAUGAUCAACCAAACCAAGAAGAGAUUCUUGUCCAUAGGCUCAAGAACUCACUCUCUCAGACUCUUUCUCUCUUUUAUCCACUCGCUGGACGUAUCAAAGAAGGCGUUACUGUCGAUUGCAACGACGAGGGAGCUUUGUUUAUAAAGGAACGAGCCGAUGUACUUCUCUCGGAUGUUUUGAGAAACCCAUCAGACGCUGAUUUGGUUCACAAACUCAUUGUCUCUCCUGACCAUGCUGAUCCAGGAACAUGGCCCUUGUUACAUGUCAAGGUCGUUUUCUUUAGAGACAGAGGCUUCGCGGUUGCUGUUAGUGCCUCCCACAAGGUAUGCGACGCGGCCUCGUUGUCAAUGUUUGUUCGCAGCUGGACUAAGGCUGCGAAAGGGUUUGCUGACACCGUGAAUCCUGAAUUCGCGGCGUCGGUUUUCUACCCUCCUGCUGAUAUCUCUGUUGAGUUUCCUCCGUUACUCGAACACAAAACAAAAUCCAAGACAAAGAGCUUUGUCUUUGGUCCUUUGAUGAUGGAAAAGCUCAAAAGCAGAGCUUCAUGUGGCUUACUUGCGCCACAAGCAACCCGCGUCGAAUCCAUCACGGCCCUGCUGUUAAGAUGUAUGACAAAGGCGAGGCGGCCAAAGACAGAGGCGGUCACGGAGUUCGCUAUAACACAUACAAUGAACUUGCGCCCUAGAGUUCCUUUAUCUUUCUUGCCACGCAAGGCAAUCGGAAACUUUUUCUUUUUACCGUUACUGAAAGAGACAUCAGAGAGUAAGAUGGAUACUCCAGAGACAGUGUCUAAGCUGCGAAAGACUAAGGAGGAACUCAAUGAGCUGAUCACAAAGGAUUCAAAUAGCGAUGAGGCCAAAGAGAGAAUCACAAGCGCCAUGCUAAGCUUUUUGUGUGAGGUAAGUCCUGAGGCAGUGACAUAUGCUGUAUCUAGUUGGUGCAGAAUGUCGUUUUACGAAGCAGAUUUUGGCUGGGGGUUUCCGUUUUGGGUUGCCCCAGGUUCCGUUGACAAGACUCAGGUUGUGUUAAUGGACGCAAAGGACGGUGAAGGGGUAGAGGCAUGGGUGACACUACCUGAAACGGACAUGGCUGAGUUUGAGCAUGAUGAUGAGCUGCUCGUUUACGCUACUCCAAGUCCUAGUGUCCGCACCAAGUAAUAAUUAUGUUUAUCAAACAUAUGGUAAGAAAUGUUUACGUUUCAGUUUAUAAUAAGUAACAUAGGCAUGUGCUUGUAAGUGUGAUAUGUUUUGGUAUCUUUUGAUAUUUGGGUCUUCUUCUAAAGUUUUCUAAGUGUCACUCUACUUUGAUUCUGUUUAAGUAUAUGUUUUAACUUCUAAA